AAAUCUCCGCGAGUUAUCACCUCUCUCGUCCGAUCACGAGCUUCGUUUCUGGUGUGGAGAUCUCACAAAAGCAAAGCAAAGCAAAGCAACACCGAAGCAACCAACAAAACAAUAAAUCAACUAAAUAGAUCGUACUCUAGCUGAUCGCCAACACAGCCCAAUAUUCGCACUCCAACAGAACGACUGACUCAACCUUCAGAAUAGAACGCACAGCGACGAAGCACAAUGACAUUCAUCUGCAACACUUCACUCAUGGUCUGGAUCCUUUCCGCGGUCACCUUGUCCACCAGCGCCCUUGCAACCCGUACAUUUGACACACUGCAAACACGAAAAUUGGUAAUUGCACAAGGUACUCUUGACCAAGAAAAGGCUAACGCCGAUGAACAGCUGCUCAUCUCGGUGGACCUAGUGGAAUCAAUGGUUGGGGGCAACGAUCCCUGCCGAACACAGUACCUUGUAGAUGCCACUGUGGUGCAAGUUACCAAGGGCGAUGUCAAUCCCGGUGAUUCCAUUGAAUUCUACACAUACUACAUUCACUACGAUGACAGUCAAUGUCAAGGCUACACUGGACCCUCCAACCCGACACAAGUGUCCCCCGGUUGGUGUGGCAAUGCCUGGCUCGACAAGGGCAGCAGCCCUGAGGCUCCUUUAGAGCUGGCAGCCUCUGGAGAAUCUCUCCAAGCCGACUAUCCUACUGCUUGUCCUACACUGUCACCCACUAUGGCGCCAACGGCUCAUGCCACAGGACAACCUUACGAUGAACUUCUCUUGGUUGAGAUUCCUUUCACGGAGAAGCUUGGUACUUCGGGUUGUGUGACGACCUAUGCCUUUACUGGCAAAAUCGAAAGUGUCAGGUAUACCACAGUUGGGUUUGAACAAGGAGACUCAGUCUACUUCACCAUGGCUCACUUGGAGGAAUCGUCAAACUGCAUUCCUACGCAAGCUAUUGAAGCUGAACCAAUUCCUGACACUCCCUGGUGUGGUUACAUCAAGCUGAAUGAUGGCAACUCAAUCAGUCCACAGGGAACUUUCAUUGCUGUCGACUUGCAAUCUACCUCACAAGGUGAGUGCAGCCGCCGUCGAACCCAAGCAGAGUCGUUCUACGGUCCUACUAGUACCCGCAGUCGUGGACUUCGUGGAGGCUCGUCCUCCAACUAAGAAGCAGUGGAAUAGAAGGAUAGAUAUGAGAUUGAAACUAUAAACUUGAUGAAGAAUGAGUGAAAGCCAGAACGUAUCUGUUUCGUCGUAUGCAGUCUGGAAAGGUGCAACCGCAUGGCUUUUAUAGUUGGCCGACGCCAGGACCCGAACAAUUGAAAGAACCCCUGGCCCAACACCAACAACUGGAACUCCAGGACCCUUAGAGCCGACACCAGGUACUACACUAACCACUAGAACUCAGCCUAUAGCUGGAGGUGGAGCCCCCUUCUCCCUCCUGGCCGUGACCGUGAACUUGUACAAAAGUUCACUCUGGAUGCAAACUAUGCCCCAAUGGGGGUCGGUGCCCCUCUGAAGCUCGUCAAGGGAUGUUGGGACAGGACAGGACAUGACAUGUGCUGAAUUGGCCAUCCUUUCAAUGGGACGAAUGUGUGAAUUGGGACACGAUUUGGUGAAUGCCAGCAACUUUCCCGAGUCAAGCACUGUAAAUGGCCCCAGCUAGUGUUGAAUAAAUGAAAGACCUAUGAAAGCCCCC